ACGGCUCCAACAGGCUCCCAGCAUACUGGAGACCGGAGGAUCUGGCGAGAAGAUGGAAAAAGCCAGAAGCUGCAGGGCUCUCUGGAAACCUGCCAUGACAUUUGGCUGCCAGCGCUCCGUCAGAAGGUCAAAGGUGCACAUUUAAUGGAAAUGCAGAAAACCAGUGCGACCCAAAACACCCAGAAGCACCACGACUUCUUCUUCAACGAGUCUUUGGUGGAGGAUGUCAGCGGGUGUGGGUGCGCAGCCGCACACCAACAAUUGGCGCAAGUGGAGACGUUUGAGCGCACGUUUCCCAGGAGGUCAAAACAGCAAAACCCCAAGUUUCCUGUGAGCAAAAAGAUUUUCCCCUGGAUGAAAGAGUCCAGACACUCAAAUCAGACCCCCGGCAAGAGAAUCGCAGACUGCACCGUCAACGAGAAGUGUCCAAGCGCGACCCCGCCGGCCCCCAAGAGGACGCGCACCGCGUACACGAGCGCGCAACUGGUGGAGCUGGAGAAGGAGUUCCACUUCAGCCGCUACCUGUGCAAGCCGCGGCGGGUGGAGAUGGCCAGCCUGCUCAACCUCCACGAGAGGCAGAUCAAGAUUUGGUUUCAGAACCGGAGGAUGAAGCAGAAGAAGGACGAGAGAGAGCAGGGCCUCGCCACCCCCCCGUCCUCCCCCUCCGCCCCGGGCAGCCCCACUCUGUCGAGCCUGGGUUAUGUCCAUCUGGGCGGGGAUUACCAGCCGGCCUCCCCUCCGCUCAAGUCCCAACAACACCACCAGUCCCAGGCAGCGUACCCGGCAGAAUACUCCAAAUAUCCAGCUCCAGGCUUCACGCACGAGCCGCAGUUUAAUGUGCAGUACGACACGCACACCACCUCACGCACAGCAGACCCAAAUGCGGAUCUUAACGGGUCGUUUUUCUCACAAAGCUGCACUCAAGACAGAAUCAUGCAAGCUCCAAAACUGACUCAUCUGUAGCAGAAACAUGUGAUCUCCUCGACU